AUGCAGCACAGUUUCCUUGCCUGUGUACUAUUACUCGCUGUUUCAUUACAUGAAACGGAUGCUUGGUCGAGAAGAUGCUAUAUCUGUAACAGUAAAACAGACGAUCUCAAUUCAUGUAUGAACGUAAACUCCCAAACGACAAAACAAGAAACUACAGAGGAUUUUGCCUGCUAUGAAUCAGUUGUCUACAAUAUGAAAAAUUCGACAAUUGAUAAUGUUGAACGUGGUAUAAGUACUAUACCAUAUAACAAAUGUGGUAUGUCUGGGAUAACUGCAGUUUCAAAAUGUCAGAAUGAAACGAUCGUGUAUGGUAUACAACAAAUUACGUGUUGCUCUAUAGACAAUCUUAGUAAUAAUUUAAUAGCACAGCCGGUUAAUUGUUUUAUUUGUAACGAUCAAAGUUCUUCGCCUAGUAGUAGCUGUGUGCAUCCAGAAGUUGCGCAUUGUGGAAAUUCCAUAGCUUGUAAACGGACUCAACCAACUGAACGUUGUUAUUCUACGGUCAUCAGUAGUGCUACCGGAGAAAAAUUGCAUGCUCAACGUGGAAUUACUACAGACUUUACUACAGACUGUUCAAACAGAUCAGAAAAUAUAACUGGUGGACUCACUGUUACACAACGUUGCUGCAAGGAUGAGUUCUGUAAUGGCUGA